AUGAAGAUCCUGAAACAAUUGAUGCUCUCAACAUUGGUGACUGCAGUCCAGUCAACACCGUUCACAACGCAUAACCGAAAUUCACCAUUUGGAAUUCCGCGAGGUGGCAAGACCUCACCGACUGUACAGGCAUUCGACGAUGACUACGAACGAGCGGAGAAACAAAUAUUUGGUGCCAUCGGAAAUCUAGAACACAAUGUUGCAAAGGUGAUGGAGAAAGAGGUUGAUACUCUGUUUCAUGAGAUGGACCAUCAUGACAAGGCAGCAGUCAAGAAAAAGGCGCAAAAAGCUGUAAAGAGAGGAGUAAAAAGAGUAAAGACCGACAUUGGAAUCAAGAAAAUGUCAACUCUACCCGAGGACUACCACUACCCAUAUGCGCUUGACGAUCCUGACCAUAGACUAUUGCAUGCCAUUGAACACGCAGAGAAAGCAGUAUUGCAUGCGGUAGAAAAUGAAGUCAACGGGCUGUUUCACGAGCUAGAUCAUCACGAAGAGCACCAUGAACACAAGAAGGCGCUGGCAAAGGGAGUUGCCAAGGCGAACAAACAUUUGGAUGAUGCACACGAGUCUCGCCGAAGCUGGUUUAUGACAAAUCGUGAGAAUGAAGGUGGAGUCAUCGAAGACUACGAGCAUUACCUAUGGGCCCUCCAAGAAUGA